GUUGAGGCAGCUACAGGACGAGUGGCAGCUGCGCAAGAGACUUCGUCAGGCUCAGAAAGCCUUCGAGGAGGAGUCCGCCCAGUUGGCCAAGCAUCGCGAGUCCUUCAAGGAGCUGGAGUCCCACGUCCAGCGUGCCAGGGCGGCUGACGUUCUCCCAGACCCACCUGAAGGGGCAGUCGAGCUUCAACAUGAGAUCGCGAUGCUCGACGUUUUGGAGAAGCGCCUGCAGAAGUACGGCGGCAGGUUCGGCAUCAACACCGACGCCGCCCGUAAAGCUGCAGCGGCAAAGAAGAAUGAGUUCGAGUCCAAGAUCCCAGAGCCGAUGGGCACGAACCCUGUCCAGUUCGACGAGUCCGACGGAGAGCUGCGCCGAGCUUUCGCCUCAGCAGGUUGCGGCAUCGCCGACCCCGACAAGUGCAAGCGGCUGCUCGUGAGUCUGGGCUCCCGCGCCAAGAGAGCCAGGUGGGCCGUGGCGCAUCAAGGUGGACGAGAUUGGGCGCUGGCUGGGCCGGCGCAGAUUGGCAAGCAUUACAUCUGGAUGUGGACGGCUAGUGCGACCCAGUGGUCAUCGGGGCAGACGUUGCUGGAACGGGCGCAGGAGAGCCCAGAGCGCAACUUGCCCGACGUGGUCUGCGUGCAGGAGCACAGGCUCAAGAGCGACAACAUGCUGGGCUCGGCGAAGCGCUGGGCCGAGCAUCGGUCCUUCAGCUGGCUCGGGCGAGCAGCUGAAUCGACGGGUGAGGGCGUGCUCCGCUCCAGCGGGGGCGCAGCCAUCCUGAGCAGCCUGACGGCCGCGCGUGGGCCAGGGCUGACCCGCGAGAAGCUUCCCGCUCACAGGAUCGAAGCGGCGAGGCUUAACAUUGGCAUCCCUGUGCCGCUCCAUGCGAUCAGCCUUUACCUCGUGACGGGGAUGGGGCUAGCGAAAGAGACCGUUCUGAUCCUCAGUCAGUUGCUGGAGCAUGUUGGAUCGCAUCCAGGGCCAUGGAUCGUUCUGGGCGGCUUCAACAUGGAGCCUGAUGUCCUGGUCGAGUGGUUUGCCAAGGCAGGGGGCACGCUGUUGCCCCCCUCGGCUCCGACAUGUGGCGGGCGCGAGCUCGACUUCGACAUCUGUUCCAGGGUCCUUGGGGGCUUCGUCCGGUCGGUGGCGCCGAUCGAGGGCGCGACGUUGCAGACGCGCAUUCCAGUCCUUGCCUGGAAUCGCACCCUGAAGCAGCACUCGAGUGCCGAGUAUAAGAAGUGGGCGAUGUUCUAUUCGGCGGCCUUCCCCCGUUUCCGAGCUAG